CCAAAUGAAAUCUUUAACCAUCUGCACUAUAUAUACACUUUCCUUUACAAGCAGACGCAGCAACGCAUAGCAGAGAGAACGCUCAAAACUUCUGCUUUACCUCCACCAAUUGAUCCUCAGCAAUGUCGAAGAGCAGCAGAUCCCAAGUCAUAACCUGCAAAGCCGCUGUGUGUUGGGGACAUGGGGAGCCGGUGAAGAUAGAAGAUAUACAAGUUGAGCCUCCUAAAUCAUCAGAGAUCAGAGUUAAGAUGUUGUAUGCUAGUUUAUGUCACACUGACAUCUUAUGCAGCCAUGGCUUUCCAUUUCCACUUUACCCUCGUGUUCUAGGGCAUGAAGGUGUCGGAGUUGUAGAGAGCACUGGAGAUGAAGUGGAAGGUUUAAGAGAAGGAGACCUUGUGAUUCCAGGAUACGUUGGAGAGUGUGAAGAGUGUGAGAAUUGCACGUCAGGAAAGACCAAUUUGUGCUUAAAAUUUGCACUAACUUUCAGUGGAUUAAUGCCUGAUGGAAGUUCAAGAAUGUCUGUUAGAGGUCAAAAGCUUUAUCAUGUUCUUUCUUGCUCAACAUGGUCUGAAUACAUGGUCGUUGAUGCCAACUUAGUUUCCAAGAUUGAUCCAACUCUAAAUCUUGCACAUGCAAGCUUCCUCUCAUGUGGGUUCUCAACUGGAUUUGGCUCAGCCUGGAAGGUUGCUGAAGUUGAGAAAGGGUCUACAGUUGCUGUACUUGGCCUUGGUGCCGUUGGAUUAGGGGCCGUAGAAGCAGCUCGGAUUCAAGGGGCGAUCAAAAUCAUUGGGGUGGAUAUAAAUGCAAGAAAGGAAGAAAAGGCAAAAGCUUUUGGGAUGACAGAUUUUAUAAAUCCUGAAGGAUCUGAGAAAUCCAUCUCAGAACUGAUAAAGGAAAAGACUGGUGGACUAGGAGUUGACGUUUGCAUUGAGUGCAGUGGUGUGACUUCCUUAAUUAAUGAAGCACUCAUGGCCACAAAACCUGGGAUAGGGAAAACAAUAGUAGUAGGUGCAACCAAUGAAGCCAAUAUCAAGGUCAACUCUCUCUAUUUGCUGCUUGGUGGAACUCUGAAAGGUUGCAUUUUUGGAGGACUUAAGCUGAAAUCUGACUUUCCCUAUUUAUUUGACAAAUAUAAUAAAAAGGAACUUCAUCUUGAUGAACUUUUGACACAUGAAGUUCCAUUGGAAGAUAUAAACAAAGCAUUCCAAAUAAUUAAGGAACCAGAUUGCGUCAAGGUUCUCAUCAAGAUUAAAUAAAUAUUAUAUCUUGUGUAUCCCUCUGAAUCACCGCAUUUUUACUUCCUCACUUGAUUUUAAGUUUAACUUG